AUGAAGUACGCCGUCAAGAAAUCGUUCCUGCUCAUCUCCCUGAUGCUCGUGGGCAGCUGCCAAGCACAACCAGUGCAGGAGCAACAUUCACGUCAACAACGUCAGCUGAAGAGCGCAACUGCUGCAGCGGAGGCAGAUGUCAAGAUGCUGGCAGCCAGCGCAGCAGCAGCUACCAUGACACCGGCCACAACAGCCAUGCAAAUGCCAAUAGCUGGACUGCCCAUCAAUCAGAUGUCCAUACAAAUGGGCCGCUAUGCCGGCUAUCCAGGACUCAUCUUUGGCGGCGGCUCUGCACCAGCUUCGCCUUUCCUAGGCGUCGCUGGCAUCGCCAAUAACUAUCCCAGCGAUCCCAGUCUUGGUCUCGGCUAUGGCUUGGGCGGUGUCUAUCCUGGUAAUCCACAGGCAGCUGGUUUCAUGUACGGCAAUGCCAUGUAUCCGAAUGCGCAAUUCGGCGCUGGCAACGUAGGCUUUGGAGCCCAACCCGGAGUGGAUCACUUUGCCGCCUUGAACAACAUCAUCAAUGUGGCCAACAUGCAGGGAUUAGGCGCUGCUGUGCCUCCUGCAGGACUUUACCCACAGGCUGGAGUUGCCGGUCUUGGUGGCGUCGCUGGACUUGGUAGUCUUCCUGGUUUCCUGGGCGGCAUCAAUGAUGCUGCUAGCAGCAGCAUCUUGGAGCGCAUGCAUCACUAUACUCCCACUUUCUAAACGAUUUCAA